CCUUUAUUAGAAGCAGUGACCUUUUCUCCUCUGUCUUAUUUGAGCUCAUUUGAUAAAAAAAAUAUAGGAAGCCGGGCAGUGUCACCUUAGUACCCCCUGCACAAAUGAUUUGAGCCUGUCCUAAUUGGCUCUAAUUCAUGUGAGUGUAACCAUCUUGUUUAUUAUUUACCAAAACGUAUCUGGCAUACUACACUAUAUUUGCUUUUACCUUUUCCUCCUAUGUAUAGUUUUGCAUAUAUCCUACUGUUCAAAUAAAGGAUGAGUGUGUCUUUAAAUAUUUUUUCAGUGUUCCACUAAGGCACUUGGUGGUGGAGGGCACUUUACCCCCAAUACUCCACACUUUGUUUACAUUCUUAGGAAAGUUUAUUAUUUUCCUGUAUAACUUCUCUCAUUACAAGAUUUUUUACAUCCUCCACACAUAACCUGUGCUUUCACAGUCCAUUAAAUCUUUUCUCUCCACUCUAUAUUGUCUCCACUCACAACUCUCACACAAUCACAGACAUCAAAACCCCCAUCCUCUCCUUCCUUUUCACAUCAUGAAGUAAACAUGGAUAGUUUAUCCUCCAUACCCUAACUCCCCUCAGAGACAAUGAACAUUGUAUCCUCAAUUCUCUACUCCCCUUUCACAUGAUGAACUAAACAUGGAGAUCUUAUCAGCCAUCCUCUCCUCACCUCGCACACAAUUAACUAAAUAUGGACAUCUAAUAGACAUCCUAUCCUCCAUCUUCUCCUCCCCUCGGACACGAUGAACUAAACAUGGACAUCUUAAAGAUCUCUUAUCACCCAUCCUCUCCUCUGCAUUCACGUGAGGAACUAAACAUGGACAUCAUCUUACCCUCCAUCCUCUCCUCUCCUCAGAUACGAUGAACUAAACAUGGACAUCAUCUUAUGCUCCAUCCUCUCCUCCCCUCAGAUACGAUGAACUAAACAUGGACAUCAUCUUAUGCUCCAUCCUCUCCUCCCCUCGGACACAAUGAACUAAACAUGGACAUCAUCUUAUCCACCAGCCUCUCCUCACCUCUGACACAGUUUUUACCCACUUGUUUUGUUAUUUCCCUUCCUCUUAGAUCGUGAUCUGGUUUACACAGAGCACUCAUUACCUCACGUUUCUGUAUAAAUGCUUGUUUAAUAUCCACAAUGUAUUAUUUUAGCGUUGAAGAAUAUGGUGGUGCUAUAUAAAUGCAUAUAAUAGUAGUGGUAAUACAUUCCAUAUACAGGUCUACUAACUGAGACUAAUACCACCUCAGUCCAAUAAUACAUCCCAUCUCUAAAAGCCUAUUAGCACAGACUAACAGCACCUAACAGCACUUAAUGUUUUACGACACAGAUCUCUUCAUGAUAUACAGUAUAAAUCACCGCCACAUAUCGGGUAAAAUACACUGGACAACUCUGGGUUGUGACAUGGAAUCUCCCAGAUCAAACAUAUCCAAUAAUAUGUGAUUAAAUUGUUUGUAUGACCAAGAUGGAGGACAGAAAGAGAAUCUCCAGGAACUCAGGGUGUUCAUGCCACAGGCAGUUUUAUUGGAACAAAACAGGACAGCAACAUUUCGACCUAACACUAGGUCUUUGUCAAGCUAUAACCAGACAAUCAAUCCAAUGUAUACAUAUCAAGUGUGCAUACAAUUAACCAAUAACAGGUUUACAUAUACCAAUCAAUGUUGAUUUAUAUAUGGAGGUCAGAACGCAUCUCAAAUUCUUUAUGUCAGAGUAUUGUCACUCCCCUUCCAAACCUUGCAAUCCAAUCAUGUUUUCUUAGUCAGAUCCUGCAAAGGUAAAGGAAGUUCUGUUUAGAUUAAAUGAUUACAAAUUAGCUCUAAUCUCUAUGUGUUCUUGUAAUCCUGAUCAAUAUAACUUGAUAUAAUAUGACGAUUCACGAUAUAGUAGUUUACAGUUUAAAUGUUGAUUGCUAAAUGAACUGUAAGCUUUUUAAAGAAAUCAUUCAUAAAUGAUAUAAUUCAACCACAAUGUGUGUAAUGGAAAUAGCUAUGUAGUUUAAUGGUCACUAUAAGAAGACACCCUCUGGUCAUUAUUUAAAGGGACACUUUGUGGGAGAUGUUAUCUUGUUGAUGCCAUAGUAAGGUUUUGCAUGUUUAGUGUUAUGGCCAAUUCCUCCUGGACUGCUAGCAGAGACCUUUUCACCUCUUGGGUUCUACUCACUUUAUUUUGUUUGCCAAUUACCGGCUGUUUUAUUGCUCUUUUUAAUAUUGUAAAACCCUGCAGAAUGAGCUGUGUAGCAGAGUUUCCUGUACCGAGUGGGUACCUCCGCUAGAGCGGUUACUACCUAGCUGGAACUGGGAAACGGAUGAGAGAACUAGCAUUUUUUGUCCUAAAAGGAUAUUCCCCGCUGGAACAACAGACACAGGGGUUCAAUCUUCCUUCCAUCCAGUAACCAGAUGACACACAGUUCUGGAGGUUAAAACACUCUGCCAAUCUUUAUUGCAGCACACCGCUUUUUAUGCACAGACCCACUCAGGGGGUCUGCAUUCAGGACAACACCAUCCCAGGCAGGAGGGGGUUGGGUUACAGAUAGCCAUAUCUCGCUCUACGAGAUAGUAACAGUACGCAGGGACACAUAUUAAAACAUAUGCCAAAUGGGGGGCGGAGCCAGCAGCCAAACCGAGAGCUCAAAAGAACGCUCAAUUCAACUUAAAAACGGUGGAAAACCUACCUUAACGACACCCCUUGUAGCAGAUUGCUUUCCAGAUGACAUGGGGCAACGGAAUAAAAAAAAUGAAGCCGGAUAAACCCCCUACAACGGCUGAUAUCGGAGUCCUCCUGCGGAGGCCCCAAUAUGCCCAAUGGCCCGCAAUGGCGUCUCAGAUAGAAGGCCUCUAUAACUCAUCUAGCGAAGCUUCUGGGUCUGAUGAGGGUGACUACGGCACUCAAGCUAGGAGCAGACCGACUCACUCACCUGCGAAACCUCCGAUCACGGAGGAGAAGCUGAGGGACAUGCUUGGUGAGCUGCGCUGCAAUAUUGCAGCUGACAUCAGCACGUUCUGUGAAGAAAUCAGCGGAGUAUCAGCCCGCCUGCAAAACACAGAGCUUAACACUGCCGCACAGGAGAGCAGACUAGCAACGGUAGAGCAACAACUUUUAGUCCUACAUCAAGACAGCAUGGCUGCACUUGAAGAUCAGAGGAGCUGGAAGAACGUCAAAAUCCACGACCUACCUGAUGCGGUGGAAACCGCAGAACUACCACACCGGUUCUGCAGAAUGCUGAGAUCGCUCUUCCCUGCCAAACAGGCCAAAGGCAUGCCACUAGACAGCUGGUAUUGGAUCACCAAACCUAAGACAGGUAACUCAGAGAGAGGGAGAGAUGCAACAAAGUGCUUCCAACAAGGCAGAGACAGCAUGGCCUUCAUGGUGGCAGUGCGCAAUAAACCCCCCCUACAUUUUGAAGGACAUUCCCUGACUUUUUAUCCUGACAUAUCCAAAGCCACCAUGAAUUGGAGAAGGUCCCUUAGACCCUUAACUACAGAGCUCACAUGAUACACCCUACCAAUGGGGCUCACCCAGAAGCCUGCUCAUACCCAGGGAGACUGGCAACCUCAAAGUACGAGAAGUGGCCGAGAUCCCAGCCACACUACAGAAACUGGCAAACACCUGAACAAGCUACAGUUGACCCACAGAUGACACCCACGGCCUGGAAUCCCGCUACAGCACACCUGUUCAUACCAGCAGCCCAACUAGGAGAAACAGCAUCCACUUCGGUGCCCUUAACUUUCAUGCAAAUAAUUAACAAUGCCGUGGCUGUUAUAUAUAGCUCACAGUUCCAUAAUUUUCCAUGAGCAUCGUUUGAAAGUUAAAGUUAAUUUUGUUUUAUAAUUAAGGCAUAUUUGCAUAACCUCCUAGGGAAAUAUCCUCACACUGAUCUGGCUCCACUUAAACACCCCCCCUCCACCAUAGUAACA